CGUUCUAGCCUCCGGCAAAUGUCCGAUCUUCGAAAGGAACGAUAUAACAGUAUCGCAAUUGCCGAUCAGCGAGCGGGAGGCUUUUGGCCUCUUUUUGAUUGGAAUAUGCGGUCUGGGGUGGUCGCUGUUGGUGGCUGUUCUCGAGUGCCUCUUUGCCAAAGUGAAACUUCUCUGCGAGCGUAA